GUGCCAGACGGCGGGAGGCGGGCGUUACACUGUACCCCCCCCGGCCCCCCCCUCCCCCCCCAUAAUGCCCAUGAUCGCCGAGAAAAAAGAAGCGCGCUCUUGCAGGUGAUGCUGAAGAUCACCGACCCCAGCCACGUUCGGAUGCACCUGGACAUCCUCGAGUCGGGCUCGCGCCGGCUCGUCGUGCCCUUCUGCAGGACCAGGCAGGACGGACGCGUGCGCAUGGGCGAGAUGCCGGAGGAGCAUCGGCGGGUUCAUUCCUGCGGUUCGCUCCUGUAUCUCACCAAGCUGGAGGACGUUCGCGAGAGGAGUAAUGGCGAAUACAGAUUUCUCGCGACGCACGAGGUUCGUGGCAGGGUUUCUAUAAACCGUCUGCUCAACCCAGCUGUUCUCUUCUGCGAUGACGAGGAUGCACAAUUCGAGACGGAGUACCCUCGUGGAGAAGUGAGAAUCCUGGAUGACCACGACGUCGAGGUGCAUAACGAGGACGGCCUGCGCAAUCUCCCAGACUGGGAGCCGACCGAGGAGGCCUGGACAGAGCUCAACGGGCUGUCGGAAACCUUGGAGGAGCCGCGACUGCACGGGAGCAGUGCCAUCCAGGAGCUCGGGGGCUCCUCCUGGAGGGCGACUGCGGUGUUCGAGCUGCUGACCAGGAAGUUGAGAGCACACCGCGAGCACGCGAACACGUACGGGGAGGUCCGCAAGUGGAUCAAGGAAGAGCAGAAGGCUGGCAGGCUGCCACAGUCGCUCCCGGAGCAGCUGAACGCCUGCAAGCUUGGAGUGCCCCCCGUGUUGGUGGAGAAGCUGAAGAGGGCCGAAAAGGGCCGGCCCGAGCUCAGAGAGGAGCACUGGCUUCCGUUCUUAAGGAUACUGGCAGCCGGCGACGUGAACGAGCGCGCCCAGCUGCUUAGGAAGAUGGUGUGCCAGGAGAAGGAGAUGGCUCGCACUGCCGUCAUGCUGAAGAGGAUGCUGGCGGAGUGAUCCGUCGGCGGCCCCCCGCAGCGCGGGAGGCAGGCUGCGCGGCCCUCUUAGGGGCUCUUUCUUCUGGCAUGCUCCUCCUCUUCCCCCUCCUCCUCCUCCUCCUCCCCCUCCUCCUCCUCCUCCUCUUCCUCC